AUGUCACCUUCAUCACACCGACACUUACUCCAUCGCAGACCGCCCCGAGGACGUUUUUCGCAUCUGACGAUGUUCCGUUUGGGGUCCUUGCUGUUCAUUCCAUCUUACCUUACGGUCAUAUUAUAUCGAGUUCCCUUUGCAAGUGAAGAGGAGGAUGGUAAUGUCUUGUUGAUGACCGCUCUCGCCGUCAGCACGGCUGUAAGAUAUUGUGCAUCCACAUUCGGGUACACUUCCAUCUCUAUUCUUCUGAACUACAUGACACCGCCUCACGCGAUCGGUUUCGCUAAUGGGAUUGCUCAGAGCAUCGUCAGCUUAGCCAGGUGCUUUGGGCCCGUGUUGGGCGGAUGGAUUUGGUCCGUCAGCAUCGAGAGCAAUCCUAAUGGGUACCCAGUCGGGUUUAUUAUCUGUGCAGGUUUCUGUGCGCUCUGCGUAUUGCAUAGUUUUACCAUCCGGUAG